AUGUCGAGCAGCAGUAUUUCAUCGUUGUCAGCCGAGCUUCUAACGCUGAUUGUCAAUUGCUUGGGCUCAGACACAUCAAGCCUUCACAGUCUCUGCUUGGUGUCAAAGGUCUUUAGCAGGCUGGCAACUCCAAACUUAUACACAACCUACCAACAGCCAGAAUCGUGGCCUCCGGAGAAAGCAACACGUUUCAUCUCGUAUGUUCGGACCAUCUUGUCACGGCCUGAUCUGGCGGUCCACGUCAAGCACGUCGCUCUGGGCAAGGCAGAUAGCGAUGAAGGGCUUGUAGACUCCGUGAGCCCUGAUUUUGUGGAUCUUUGUCGCGAUCGGAUCACCUCCCUCUGGUCACCAAAGUUGACUGAGGAGAAAUUUGUGUCAGAAUGGGUUGAAGGCAUCAAGCAAGCGUUGCCAGAAGCGCUUCAGGGAGUUCUGCUCAGCUCUCUGCCCAACAUUGAGAGCCUGUAUUUUGAGGAAGGUUAUCAGCCGAAGCAUCUUUUUCAGGUGCUGGACGCCGUCACUGAGUCAGACCCUUCAGCAAAGCACGUUCCGGCACGGAAACUAAGAUCAGUCCGCACACUUUCUGUAGAAGGAAAAUAUGGGUAUCUCGAUUUUGCCAAGUGCAGCUCCUUCUUUCGUCUGCCAACGUUGAGGAACUUUGAGAUAGGACUGGCGAAUGGAGAAUGGUCAGAGGACAGUGUGUGGAACGUACCGGCACACUCGGCUGCAGUCGAGAAACUGUCAUUUCAAUACUCGGCCCUGACAUGUUGUUGCAUGAGACAGAUCGUCAGGAGCUGUGCAAGUUUGAGGGAGUUUCGCUUCACAUAUGGCCGCAUACAUAUGUAUUCGGUUCAUUUUACACCAAAAGAGUUAUUGGAGGAGCUUCUUGCACAUGCUGCGACUUUAGAGGCUGUUUGGUUGAACUUUGACGAUAACUGGCAGAAGGGUGAAUGGGAAGAAAUACCGACUGAGAGACUGGUACUCGACACCAGUCUCAAGCAGCUGAACAAACUCAAAACGAUGAGUAUCAACAGCCAUGCCCUUCUUGGACAUGGAGUAGAGCCGAUAGAAACUUUUGUGGAACGUACAAACCGACCUUUCGUGCUUGCCAAUCUAGCAGAUAUGCUCCCAGAGUCAAUCGAGUUCCUGGAAAUUAUUGGCUGUACUGAGGUUGCAGUAUUCCCACAGUUGGUCGUCCUUCGCACAGCCCAACGUCAGGGAAGACUGACAAGGGUGAGCACAAUCCGGCUCAUCUGGGCCAACGAAAUCCUCAAGCCUGAUGUGUCGAGAGCUGAUAUAGAACGUUUUGAGAUGCCGGGUGUGCGAAUCGACAACUUGUUCAUGAACGUGAGAGAAAGAGACGCCUCGAUCGACACUGCUGUGGAAAACACCUCGAGCGAGCUGUUUGGAAAAGAUCUUUUCCUACUACAGGGUAGCUAA